AUGACAUCUCUGAGGCUUGUCUUCUUCCAUCUGGCAUGUUUGAUCGUGGGGAUAAUGGCUCAGGUGGCUGCUCAGAAGUUGUCUUCAUCUGUUCACCAAGACGGAGGUUUUUUGUCAGUAAAAACUGGGGACAGCUUGACUUUGCCCUGUUUCUAUAAAACGGAUGUUGCUGCAAGGCUUUACUGGUACAAACAACCUCUGGGACAGAAACCACAGCUCAUUUCUUCCUUCUACAAGUUUGAUAAAAAUGUCGCUUUUUAUGGUGAAUUCAAGAACAAUCCACGCUUCACACUGGAUACAAGAGAUGGUAAAAAUCAGCUGAAGAUUUCAGAUCUGCAUAUUUCAGACUCCGCUGCUUACAACUGCAUAAGUAGUGUCUUACACUCGUUAGAAAUAUUAGGGAGCCAAACUGUCAGUGUGACGGGUUCAGCUCAGGUCCAUCAGUCAGCAUCUGAGAUCGUCCAGCCAGGAGGCUCUGUGACUCUGAACUGUACAGUACACACUGGGACCUGUGAUGGAGAACACAGUGUUUACUGGUUCAAACACGCUCAAAAAUCUCAUCCAGGAAUCAUUUACACCCAUGGAGGCAGGAAUGACCAGUGUGAGAGGAAAGACAACACACAAACACAAACCUGUGUCUACAACUUACCAAUGAAGAGCCUGAAUCUUUCUCAUGCUGGGAUCUACUACUGUGCUGUUGCCUCAUGUGGACACAUAUUGUUUGGAGACGGGACCAAGCUGGACGUCCAAGACAAAAUAGACUCUCCUGUCUUGGUGUAUAUCUUGAGUGGAGCUUUGACACUCACCACCAUCCUGGUAGUUCUACUGGCUCUCUCAGUGUUCAAGAUGAAGAUGAGAAACAGUUAUCAGUCAACAGAAUCUCAAGCAAGAUUAUCGGCUCCGUCGACCACAAAUCCAGAGAGUCGCAGAGAUGCAGAGAACCUCCAUUAUGCUGCUUUAAGUGUCAACCUGCCCAACAGAUCAAGAAGACAGAGGAAAACCACCAACAAUGACUGUGUGUACUCCAGUGUGAAGCUCUAGAAUUGGACCUGUUUAAUUUUUACCUCUUCAAUAAAACUUGAUUUUGUAUUCAAUACCAACAAUUACUACCAAUGCGAGAAGACGUGUGCCCUUUAUAGAGCAAGGUGGAAAGACUGGUCGAGAUAAUAAGGUGGAUGGCUUUUCUUUAACCUUCAAAAUAAGCUUUUUAGAAUAGAAUACGAUAGAAUAGAAUAGAAUAGAAUAGAAUAGAAUAGAAUAGAAUAGAAUAGAAUAGAAUAGAAUAGAAUAGAAUCACUUUAUUGAUACCAGACUGGGAAAUUAGUUUGUUACUUUUUAUAACCUUUACUGAGUAAAAAAGUUGCCUAACCCGAUGCCUGUUAUAACAACAGUAAGUUGUUUUUUGUCUCACAUCAACACUUAUUGGCCUGUAUCCCAGUUGUUCUGCAGUCUCAUUGGUCAGCUCACCAUACAGUUCUUUGUGGUAGAAAAUGCCGUCUUUCAUUCACAGAGGCCAGGACACCUACUGAUAAUACAAUAACUGCUUGUCCUGGAUGACAAUUUUUCUUGAUGGAAAAACAACAUUGUACUGCACUGCCAAUAUGUUCAAUGCUUUUUGAUGCUCUUUGAAAUGAUAUUGUAUUAAAUAAAAAGAAUGCUACCUGUUGGUCUUAAUGAUGCUGCGUACACCUGGUUCACAUCAUAUUUUAACAGAUCACUGCUGCUGACACCACGAGAUGUUAUUUACAGCAGUCUCAUUCCGUUCAUGACUUACGUCGACUGUGGCAGCAGUGUUUCCCACACAUACUUUACUUGGGUGGGUGUCCAGGUACAUUGAAGGCCACCCAAGUAUAUUUGGUGACCCAUUUUUGCUUGAAUUAGGUUUAUAGAUCUGAGUAGAGGCCUUCAGUGAUCUAUCACUCUUUACUUCCUGUCCAUUGAUGUUCACACAUGCCCUGCAGAGAAACACACAGAGAGAUAUUCUCUGGUAUAUUCUCACUCCCUCCUGUAAAUGCUGAUUGUCAUGCAAUGCCUCUUAUUCUUACAGGCCUACUUAUGUGUUUUUUUUUCUUUCUUUUUUUUGUUCAAGCUUAAGUGCUCCCACUUGUUUCCGUGUCAUUCUGUACCACACUGGUUUCAACAGACAACAUAAAUAACGCCAGGUUUCCUCCACAUGCAGCUCACCCACUGUUAUCAAAAUACAAUAGUGGUAAGAAGAUCCAGACCACGAGGUGUGUUUUAUGGCCAACUU